AUGGAUCUAACAACACUAGCAAUAGGAGACACCAAUCUCUUCUUCUCUCUCAUCCUACUCUCCUUCUUCACCUUUCUUAUCAUGAAGAGCAUUAAGCCAGCAUCCAAACGACCACCACUUCCACCAGGUCCCUAUUCAUGGCCCAUCGUAGGCAACAUCUUCCAAAUGGGCAAUAGUCCCCAUGUCACACUGGCCAAGCUAGCCAAAGUCCACGGCCCCCUCAUGUCCCUCCGGUUCGGUUCACGGCUCGUCGUGGUCGGGUCUUCCCCUGAAGCCGCUGCAGAAAUCCUCAAGAUCAAUGACCGCGCACUUUCAGGGCGGGUCGUCGCAAAUGCAUUCCAAGUAAAGGGCUCAAAACUACACAACUUAAAUCUUGUGUUUACGGACGAGUGCGAUGAUGAUUGGAGGGUCCUAAGGAACAUUUACCGGACGGAGGUCUUUUCGAGCAAGGUGAUGCAAUCCCAAGUCGAAUUGAGAGAGAAGAAAGUGAAUGAGUUGGUGAAAUAUUUGAGUGCAAAAACAGGCCAAAUAGUGAAGGUAAAAGAGAUAGGAUUGGCGUGUGCUUUAAAUAUAUUGAGUAAUGCUUUUUUUUCAACUGAUUUAACAGACUUUGAGGGUAAGGGUUUGGGUGAGGGCAUGUUCCAAUACAUUAGGAGCUUUGCGGAGUUGGGUGGUGUGCCACAAUUAUCAGACUUGUAUCCCAUUUUGAGUGGAUGGGAUUUGCAGGGCUUUUAUAAGAAGGCGAUGGAUAUCUUAGAUAGAAUGUUUGCUGUUUGGGUUGACAUUGUAGAAGAAAGAAGGAAGAAAUUAAUUGAUGUUUCAAGUAGACGAGAUUUCAUGGAUGCUUUGCUUGGAAUGGGGUUAACCAAUGAACAGAUCAAUCCAUUGCUUUUGCUAUUUAGUGCUGGUAUAGAAUCUACUAGUGCAACGACUGAAUGGGCACUCACCGAACUACUUAGAAAUCAAGAAACCAUGGAGAAACUUCGCAAUGAACUAACAACAGUGGUCGGUGAUGACACAAUACGAGAAUCGAAUUUGUCUGACUUGCCUUACCUAGAAGCAUGUGUUAAGGAGACACUAAGGUUGCACCCUCCUGGACCACUGCUCCUACCUCAUCGCGCCGUACAAGAAUGUGAGGUGAUGGGCUACACCAUUCCAAAGGAUAGUCACGUGUUGGUGAAUAUGUGGGCAAUUGCUCGAGACCCCACUAUUUGGGACGAUCCGUCGAGCUUCAAACCCGAGCGAUUUCUCAAGUCCGGGUUGAACUACAUGGGGAUUAAUUUCGAAUACAUACCAUUUGGUUCAGGGAGGAGGAUGUGUCCUGGACUACCACUGGCUUCAAGGGUAGUUCCCCUACUGGUAGCUUCUUUAGUCCACCACUUCGAUUGGUUUCUUCCGGGCAACGUGAAACCCUCAGAGAUUGACAUGAAUGAGAUCCUGGAUGUGACCAUGCUAAAGAAAGACCCAAUGUACCUUAUACCUAAGAUACGAAAAUAGUUGAAGGCUCAUCAAGAAUCCUGAUUAUGUAUUGAUUAUG